GAUGAAUUAAUGAUUUUGGGCUUCUUAUGCCAUCAUCGAUAUCCGACUAAGAUUCAAAUAAAUGUCACCUUGUCACUUAUAAAAUGAGCCUUUAUCUCAUUUGAGGUACAUAAUAACCUUACACAAUCCCAACCUUUUCUCCUCAGCUCCCAUGCUCAUGGAAACCAAUUAUUCUUUGAAUUCUCAAAGAAAACAAGAUCAAGAUUUGAAAGAUUGGGGUGUCAAAGCCCGAAUGAUUAGCCGCGAUAACACCAUGUCAAGACGAUUCUCAGCUUCUCAUAUUACAAGUUUUCGAGACGAGGCAUCCAAGUCGUUUCGCUACAACUUCACCAUUUCGAGCACUGCAUCCUCACCCGGAUACACCUUGAAAGACGAAAUCGACCCAUCUACCUACUCAUUCACCAGCGCGCUCAAAGCAUUGCAAUUGAGAUCAAUAAACACAUGGGAGUACUUGUCACCAGAUGGAUUAACGCUGAACUCGAAAUGGAAUGAAGCGGAAAGAUAUAUAUGCAAUCCGCUCUCCGGUGAAGUUCCAAUGGAGUGUUUAUCGGCGAAAACACUGAUGAAUGGUCGAUCAUUCCGAAACAUAACCAAUAGAAUGACCAUGUCCGCACCUUUAAUUCAUCAUUCUUCAAGAAUCCAACCUCAAAAACUUGCUAAUAUUCAUCCAAUUCAAGAUGAACAUGAGGCCAAGGAAAAUAAGGUUGAAGGGAGGUUAGUGACUACGAUGAUGAUGAAACGGGACGUCGGAAUUCAGAGCAGCGUAAGCGAAGGUAGCCUGAGCCCCGCUUCUACGCCUUCGAUUCAAGAGAGGUCGAUCAAGUUCGAUUUGAACUUGGAUUCUUCGACUUCAAGCUCCAAGUCAGAAUCAGAUUCAAAAUCAAAAAUGGAAUUCAAGGAAGAAGAUGUGGGGGGAGAAGAACAAACAAAAGAAGAUGAUGGAGAUGAAAGGAAGAGAUAUGGUUGCAUGUGCAAGCAAAAGAGUGGAUGCUUGUCCUUGAAGAAUUUCUGGCCAAGAAAAAAUAAAAAAAGUUAUUAGAAUUUUAAUUAGUAUUUAAGGAAAUAAUUAAUGUGUGAUGAAAGAAUGGUAUGGAUGUGAGGUUUGAUCGACUGUAUCGGUACCGUCAUCAUAGUGUUAUGAUUUUCCAUAGCCUAAUGAAAAUUGUAAUAAAUUUUGUUUUAGUAUAUUUUGAGAAAAUUUUAUUAUUCUGUUUUCAUUUA